GUUUUAGCAUUUAUUUCCAAAUAAAUGUGAGGAUUUACAUCGAAAAGUACAUGCACGUGGCAAGUUUGAAAGCGUGCGUAAAAGUAAUUAUAAAAAGUGUAGCAUAAUUAGCGUAAUAUAAUACGAUAAUAUGUUUUUAAGAACUAAAAAGUAAAGUUCGCGGUGUCAUUCUAGAACUAAUCAUGUUUUGUGACAACGAAAUGGUAGGGAUUCAUUCAACCAAUCAGCCACAAAGUGAUAACGACCGAUUCCGAAUAGAAUAGAGCAGGCCGAGUGUUUACCGUCCUUAGUCCUUAUUUACUAUUAUCUAUUAUGCACUACUCAUGCUGUAACGUGAAUUAGCAAGUUUAAGUUUUAUACGAGUCAGGAAGUCAGUAUUCCAGCGUACGCAUUACGAUACGAUAUCUGUUUGAGUCUCCAUGUCACGUACAUCGCGAGUGUUGAUCCACGGCUAACCUCUGACACAGUGUAUAAUAUCCCGUAAAAAUGGAUAAAAGGUUAGACGCUUCGAGGUUAGAGAAUCGCGAGGAUGUUAUUAGUCAUUCCAAGAAGAACAAAAAACGACCCAGUAAGAAAAGCAGUAUGCUUAGCUCGUGGACGAACAACUUUCAAAACGAUCAAAAUAACGAUAUAGUACCUGGAAUGGAGUAUCCACAGUUAUUGUGGCAGUCUAACAUGCCGCAAAACUUUCAGAACAAUGGACAACGUCUCUUUACUACAACAUCUGACCCUAGCAUGUGUGGUUAUACGCAGAUGCCUAUGACAUAUACCAUGGAGCCUGUUUCACUACCAACCAUGUAUAGACUGUAUCAGCCGGUGCCAGUCUCUGGUAUAAGAGCCGUUCACAGUAGACCCCGACGACAUUGUAAUCAAAAUCAACCAUUGAACUUGAAUAUGAAUUCUAUGGCAAAUGGUUACACGAGUUUACAAGAAAAUGGGGGAGGAUCUCCUGUCCCUGCUAACUAUCAGAACGGAGAUUACGCGAGUUUGCCAUCUACUGCUAAUAAGAACAAUGGAAUAAAUGGAGAUGAGAUAAAUUCAGAGCAUCGGAGGUAUUCAGACCCUGGUCUUGGGUCUGCGGAAGCACCGGUACAGAGUCAGAGCGAAGACUCUGAUAGCGCCGACAGUGGUAGCUCCAUUACUACAGUUGGACGUAGCAAUAAGUUAGUUCUAUCUCUUAUCGAACAGAUGACAGAACUGAAAAAGAGCAAUAAUCAACUGUUUAAAGAGUUAAACGAAACAAAGUCUGAAAUAGGUAGUAUGAAGACAAAGUUAGCAGUGUGUAGUUCUUCGGAUUAUCAACCAGGAAUGUUAUCAGAUUUUAUUCGCGAAAUCAGGCAAGCCAACAAAACAUACGAGGAGGUACUAGUUUCAAAAGUAAAAUUCAUGAUCGAGGAAAAGCUGAACCAAAGGUCGUUGGAAGUGGCAAAUUUAAACAAUCAAAUAAUGAAACUGACGGAGGAGAAAGAAGAAAGCGACAGGCGAAUAGCAAAACUGGAGGAGGAAGUUGCCAUGUUGAAGCUGAACGUAAACAACGAAGGCCGCGAGAUUGCCGCGUUCGAGGAAGAGACUCUGGCGCUGAGACGGGAGCUGCAGGAGGCCCGGGCGUCCAAGUGCCUGGCCGAGAAUCACGCGGCAAAGUGCGUAAACGCAAGAUCAGUCACGCCUGUCGCUACUUUCGAUACUACGCAAUCCUACGUAACCAGCACCCCCGUGCGUACCGCUCUAUCCGACACCUGUAGCCUGAUCCCCGCACCACCGUCAUCGACACCGUCGUUGUCCUCGAUAGUCCCACAACACAUCACCUCGUUACUACGUUCCCGAACCGCGGACCUGGCUCACCAUUUCGUCGCGGACAAGACGAACGUUUAUCCAACCGUUGAUUGUAGCAGUCCGACAACGUCCAUCAAUGCUUCGUGGUCGUUGGAUGAUCAGUGUCAGGUGUCUAGCAGUGGUAACCAGUCGCCGCUGAUAGUUACCGCUAGCAACAGUUUCGAGCAACAUCGCACGGACGUCAGUUUGGACGAGAGCUCCACUUUCUCUGCUUCCGAGCUCGCGUUAGAGACCAACAGUUGCGAUCAACGCGAGGACCACGACCUUGUCCUCGUGGAACAUCGUUUGGAAGAGAACUCGAGCUCGAAGAAGACGAAAGACGAGGAUACGGCGCGAGACGACGAGCCUAAAACGGAUUCGACUACGACCAAGAACCUUGGCGCGAUAUCCUCGAACGUGCAAGAGAAAAGGACAAGAGAGUCGAAGAAGGAAGCGGAAUUGUCGCGCGUUCAUCAUCAGAGAAUAGGAUCGAAGAAGUCGAGGAAGAAGAAGGGUAGUUCGGUGUCGAAGAGAUCGUUCGUCGAAACGGACAAGGGUGGAACGGUCGCAGAGAGGAACGACAGUGGGACGAAAGACGCACGGAGAACGGUGAGCGAGGACGAAGAUCGGAGUCGUCUGAACGGCGGCGACGACGACGUCGACGACGGCGAUGAAACGAGCCGAGCCAUCACCGAGAUCCCGGAAGUGACCGUAGUCGGUGGUGGCUCCUUCGUGCCGAAAGAUCUCUGCUCGACGGGAAUCCUGACCUCCAGAGUCCUGACAGCACCUUCACGCGCUACCUACACCACCGCCUACAUUUAGGCUACGUACGCGCGGGGCCCCUGCGAACCAAACGCGAACCAACGGUCGCCGUUGAGCGAGGGGGGCUUCAAGGGCUUGCUAGAGGCUACUACUAUGUACAUGUCGAAUAGCACCUGGUAGCAUGGCUUUCAGCUGACCUCACUGUUGCUUUUGCCGCUUCUAAAGAGAGCAUUACAGAGAUUUCUUUGGGCCGAGUAGUGGAUGAUAGGCGAACGAACGCAUGUAACGUUCAUUGACUCGUGAUUUGUCAGACGGGAGAAGCUGCUGGACAUUCUGCGUAAUAAGAUGAUCGAUCCCGCCGACCAAGGGGGAACCAUCCCGAGCUUGGUGAACGUGAAACGCUCGAGGAACGCUUCGUCCUCGUCCGAGGAUGAAGAGGAAGACGAAGAGGAAG